AACUACCAAAAUUUCAUGGCAGCGAUGGCGACGCUGCAAAUACAAGCAACCAUUUGAUUCCGACGAGUUUUAUUUCGCAAAUUUUUUACAGCUGAUACCAACAAAAAAGUUUCAAUUUUGUUAAACAUUUUUUCAUCUUAAAAUUAAACAAAAUAUCCAAUAUAAAUGUUAUAAAUAUGACAACUGAAGAAUUUAUUAGUGCAAUUAGAACAAACGAAAUAUUAUGGAAUAUAAAUCAUCCCAAUUUUAAAAAUGUUCUUGAGAAACAACAAAUUUGGGAUGAAAUUGGCAGCCGAUUUAAUCUACCAACUAUCAAAUGCAAAAGAAAAUGGAAAGGUCUUCGGGCAACACUUUGUCGUCAGAAAUUGAAGACAGGUGAUAAGGAUUUGCCGCCACUCAAAGGUGGUACAAAAUGGAAAUAUGCUAAAGAUAUGGAAUUUUUGGUUCCAAUAAUAAAAAAGAAAAGCAGUCCUUUAUUUGCACAAGAAAACAAUAAAAACUCAUCCGAAUCGAGUGUUGAAAGUGAUGAUGAAGUUGUUGUUUCUCCUCUCGAACCGCCAAUUGAACUUAAAUUGGAAAAGGAUAAUAAAGUAGUUAUUAUGAAUCAAGGCGAGCAAAUAUUUCAAUUUAUUGAAGCUGUAAAACAACGUCCGGUUUUGUGGAGUCACAAUGAUCCGAAUUUUAAAUAUAAAGAAUUGAAAGAUUAUGCUUGGAAGGAAAUUGAGAAUUUGCUUGGUAUACCGGUUGAAAAUUGUAGAAAAAAAUGGAAAUAUUUUAAAGUCUAUUUGGGUCGUGAAAUAUCAAGACAUCCUGAUAACGACAGUACAUGGGCGUAUUUUACACAUUUGGAUUUUGUAAGACCCUUUCUUGGUCAUGGCACAAGAACCAAACCUAUUCCUGAUGAGUCACCUAAAGAUCCUCCUCCUGUUGUGUCCGAACAAAAAAAAGAUUUCCCCGAAAAAGUUAUUGAGGAAGUUGAAAAAAAUCCAUUAUUAUGGGAUGUACAUCAUAAGAAUCAUAAAAGUAUUUACAAAAAGAUGAAGGCCUGGGAAAAGAUUGCAAAUAAACUUGAAUCUACAAUCGACGAAGUUAAAAAGAAAUGGAGAGGAUUAAGAGAUGUUUAUUCUCGAAGUUAUAAUAAAAAUCCAGAUGAGAAAACUAACAUUUGGCCAUAUUUUAAACUAUUAAUGUUUUUAGAACCACACCUCAAGGGUAAAAGAUUAAAUUUUGAGAAAUCAUUUGAACGUACCGUCUCUGAUGAUGAUAGCCUAUCAUCUGAAGGCUGGGGCACAGAUAAUGAACAUAAAAUGGAAAAAGUAAAAGAAGAAGUCAAGGAGUUUUCCAAUGAAGAAUUUAUUGAAGUAAUGAAAGAAAAACGUAUAUUAUGGGAUUCGAAUUUUAAUAACUACAAGAAUGUUAAAUUGAGAUUUGUUGCAUGGCAGGAAGUUGCUGAUCACUUUAGCGUAUUAGUUGAAGAUUGCAAAAAGAAAUGGAGAGUUCUUAGAGAUUUAUUUGUUCGAAAUUUCCUUAAACCAAUAAAUGAGGAAGAUAAACAUUGGAGAUAUUACAAACCAAUGCAAUUCUUGGUCCCCCAUAUAAAAGCAGAAAAGAGAGAUCAAUUAGGAACCCAGUCAAAUCCAUCAGGCAGUUUAGUUGAUGAAAUCAAACAGGAAGUACGAGAAAAUUCAAUUCCAAGUAUAAGCGAGGAAACCCAACAUGAUGAAACUGGAAAUGAUUCGAAUGAGGAAUUUAUUAAUUUUAUGAAAUCACAUGAAAUGUUGUGGAAUCUAAGCAGCGAGAGCUAUAAAAAUAAGGAUUUAAGAUUACAAGCUUGGCAGGAGGUGACUGAUCAUUUUGCUAUGUCAAAUAUUGCUGAAUGCAGAAAGAAAUGGAAAGCACUAAGGGACGCAUUUACUCGAAAUUAUUACAAGCCCAUUAAAGAAGAAGAAAAAUCGUGGAAAUACUAUAAACAAAUGAAUUUCUUAGUGCCAAAUUUAAAAUAUAAAAGAAAUACACCCAAUCAAGAUGACUCAUGUGAAGAACCAGACAUUAAACAAAAUGGCGAAGAAGAACAAUAUCAAGAAUUAGUUGUAAAACAAGAAUUAAUGGAUGAAGAUAAUUAUUCAAGUGCAUAUGAGGAAAUAGAUAGACUUGAGAUGGAAUCAAAAGAACCAUUUUGCGUAGAUGAAUUUAUUAUUAAAGUAAAGCAGCAUGAAAUGUUAUGGGACUCCAAUAAUGAGAAUUAUCGAAACAAUGAGCUAAGAGCUAAAGAAUGGGAACUCAUUGCAGCACAUUUCUCCUGUUCUGUUGAGGAAUGCAAAAGAAAAUGGAAAGCACUUAGAGAUUCAUUUGUUCGAAAUUAUUUUAAACCCAUAAAGGAAAAAUAUAAAAAUUGGAAUUACUACUCACAAAUGAAAUUCUUGGGUCCACACGUUAAAUACAAGAAAGGUGAUAGUUUCGUAGGCGAGUCGGAAUUUAAACGAAGAAAUGAUAAUAGUUUCUCAAGUUCAUUUGAGGAAUCCAAAAAUGAUGAAAAUCAAUCCUCAAAAAGAAAAGCUUUAAAAAAGUUUACAGUCAAAGAGUUUAUUAAUGAAAUAAGAAAACAUACAAUAUUAUGGGAUCUUAAUGAUGAACGAUGUAAAGAUAGGAAAUAUAGAUUACAAGCAUGGAAACAAAUAGCUGCUCAUUUUUCAGUAUCUUCAUUGGAAUGCAAAAGAAAAUGGGCCACACUAAGAGGUGCGUUUAUUCGAGAAUUUGCAAAAUAUCCCAACAAUGCUACGUGGGAAAAUUUUGAAGAAUUGGAUUUUUUGCUGCCGUAUCUCAAAGCUAAUGUAACCGUGAAGCGAGAAUUGAGUGUUUCUGAUAAUGGUGACAACAAUGGACCAUCUACACAGCAAAAUAAUGAGCAAUCUUUCGAGGCAAAUGAAAUCAACUCAGCCAAUCAGUCUAUAUUUACUAGUCCUGAUCAAAAUUGGAUUGAGAAUUUUAUUCUUGCUGUUGAAAAACAAACAAUCCUAUGGGACACAGCCGACAUUAACUAUAAAAAAGCUCUCAAAAGGCAACAAGCUUGGAAUACGAUUGCUAAAGAAUUUGGUGUAUCUAUUAACGAAGCUAAACGAAAAUGGAAAAGUCUUAGAGCAAAUUUUACUGCAGAUCUGAACAAAUAUGGUAAUAAUACGGAAGAGAAUUCAACUACAAGAUGGAAAUACUACAAAACUAUGACAUUUUUGUGCCCACAUUUAAAAAUUAACAACACUGGAGAAAUGGGUUAUGAAGUUAAUUAUGAUUCAGACUCUUGUGGUGCAAACACUGCGAAAUUUCAAGUGUCUAAUGGAACUACGGUUGAUGAUAAUUCUACAAUUGAAUUCAUUCAAGCUAUCAAAGAUAAGGAAUUGCUAUGGAAUUAUGUUGAUGAAAGUUAUAAAGAUGAAAUGAAGAAAAAAGAAGCUUGGGAAGAAAUUGCUAAUAAGUUUGGAUUGUCAAUUACCGAUUGUAAAGAGAAAUGGAUGGCAUUGCAAAAUGGUUAUACUCGAGUUAUUGUUGGCCAAGCAAAUGAUAGAAAAUAUACGUGGAAGUAUUGCGAACAAAUGGAUUUCUUGAGGCCAUUUAUCAAGACAAGCAUGGAUUCGCCAAACUUUGUUGAAGUUUCAGGAUGUUUUAGCUUUGAGGAUAUCAUAGAAGAUUACAGUUUCCCAGACCAACCUGGGGUUUCAAAAGAUGAUGAUUUAGAUGACGCACUUUAUGAAGAAUUGUUCGAAUGUUCACCAUCAGCAAUCGUACAAAGUAUUGAACAAAAUGACGUUCAAAUAAGUGACAUGCGUGAGCGAGUUGCCGCUAAGAGAAGAAAAUAUUCUGAUACAUCGUCUGAUGAUGAAGAUAAAGAAUUCUUUCACAGUUUGAAAGAGAAAAUGAGAAAACUACCAAGUUAUGUGAAGUGUGAUGCUAAAGGUCACAUAGAAGCCUACUUGAAAGUUGUUGCAGCAAAUCAUAAUGUUGUGUAAAAUUUUUAGUAUUUAUUUUAAUGUUUACAUAUAUAGAGGAAUGUACAUAUUGCAUGUAAAAGUAUUAAAUUGUUUUUAAUUUUAAAAUAA